AUGUCGACAGAACGCGACCCACUCAUUCCCAAGCCGACUCACUUCGAAGAUGGCGCGAAGCAGCAAGUAGGGCCGCUGGAGAUUUCGCCAGCAACUAGGCGGUGGAUUCUGGCGGGGAUGUGGAUGGGGACAUUCCUUGGGGCACUAAAUCGUGAGCUCAUCCAGCACAUUCCGAGCCAUUCCAUUCUAACACUGUCUUUUUUAGUUACUCUAGUCCCAACUAUGAUGCCUGCAAUCGCCUCCGACUUUCAGAAAUUCAAUCAGGCCAGCUGGCUUGGCACUGCAAGCUUCCUCGCUUUUUGCACCUUUACACCUCUCUAUGGUCGGCUUUGCAACGCUCUUGGCCGUCGACGGGCAUAUCAGCUUGCGAUUGGCUUGACCGGAGCCGGUACCCUUGGUUGUGGGCUCGCACCGAAUAUGGGGGGCAUGAUUGUCGCGCGUUUCGUUGUGGGAAUGGGAGUAGGCGGGGUAUUUACGGCUUCAACCGUCAUCGUCAGUGACAUGUAUUCGCUGCGGGAACGUGGCCUUGUGCAAGGUCUUGCAAGUGUAUUCAACAGCUUAGGACUAGGGCUUGGUGGGCCGAUUGGGGGCCUCAUCACCGACUUAUGGGGCUGGCGCGCAGCCUUUCUAGUUCAGAUUCCCUUAUUCGUUGCAUCUACACUUAUCGCACAACUCAACAUCAAAUAUGUGACUGAGUCAGAGACUAAAUCCAAAGGCACCAAGGAGAUAUUAAAGAGAAUCGACUACUUUGGCAGCCUUUCGCUGCUCACAUUCGUUGGAGGAUUGGUGCUGUUUUUGAGUUCCAAAUAUAAUGAGAGCCUACCAUGGCUCCAUCCGCUCGUUCUUAUCCCUCUUGUAAUUGCCGCCAUUUUCGUGGUGGUCUUUGUUGUUGUCGAACUGUUUGUCGCGGUAGAGCCCGUAAUGCCGAUAUCCCUCCUGCAGCAGAAGAUUCCGGUGCUUGUUGGCGCGUCAAACUUCUUCGCCAAUGGCUGCAUUUUCGCCGUGACCUACUUCUUCCCGCUGUGGUUCCAGGUCGUCAAGCUGCAGAGCGCUUCAACAGCUGGGUUACAUCUUAUGCCCAACAGCAUUUCCCUUUCGCUUGGGUCGAUAUUUGCAGGCUGGAUGAUGCAUAAAACUGGCCGAUAUAAAGCAAUCAACGCUAUCUUCGGCGCGUUCCCCUUCAUUGGGGCCAGUUUCAUCGCUUCAUUGCGCGAGGAUUCGGGAUGGGUGCAGUCGUGGUUGAGCAUCGUCCCUUUCGGAUUCGGCAAUGCUGUUGUCUUGCAAACCCUACUCAUUGCCCUCUUCGCACAUCUCCCACCAUCACAAAUGGCUAUCGGAGCAGGCUUUGGGCAGCUGUUCCGUGGGUUAGGCAUGGUGGGAGGCGUCGCCAUCUCUUCCGCCGUCUUUCAAGGCCGCCUUGAUGUCGAGCUCCACAACCGAUUCCCGCCCGGCUCUGAUGAGCUGAUCAUGAACAUCCGUCGCUCGAGCGAGUUCAUGCGUCAGUUGGCCCCCGAUGACCUGCGUCUUGCGCGCGACGCGUAUGCCAUCAGCCUCAAAGCCGUUUAUGUACUCGCUGCGGUGUCCACACUGCUGGCGUAUAUCGUCCGUUUGCCGAUUCCGGACCAAGACCUUGAUGAGGCGCACAAGAACAAAACCGGCAAAGCGCCGGUGCCGCAAAGCGGAGAGUCUGAACCGCUCUCGACCGACGUGGCAGUACCAGAAAAUCCUAGUGUACGGAGCGCUGAGGAAAGGGUUUAG